AAAUGUGAAUAUUUUCUCGAUUAUUUGCUCCAUACAGCUAAAGAAAUGAUUAAAACUGACUAACUUCUGAUUGUGGACAAAAUAGGGAAAGCACUGAUCCUCAUUUUCUGGAGCAAACAAUCCUCUAUUAAUUGAGGAAAUAAUAGACAGAUUUAGUCGCAGCCAGUCGAUAUACAUGUUUUCCUUGCAGGUUAGCUUACCCUCUAGUUGUGAGUUUGACAUGUUUUUCAAAAGCCCUCGUGCUUCUGUUGUGAGACGGUAGACAGAAGGAGACAAACCUCACGGUGUUUGAGUCCAGCUUGUGUUAGUGACAGAGUCUGUUCAGUCUUCACUGGCAUCAAGGUCUUCCAUUUUAAUGGAGGGAACACACUGAGCAUGCUCUGUGGAGACCCUCUGAAGAAGAAGAGGGCCGACAGAGGGAGCCACCAGGUCACAUGACCGGCGAACAUGGCGAAUGUGCAUGCGGGGGAAGAAAAAGGGAAAAGAAGAACACUCUGUUCGACACAUUCUCUUCCCUUUCUCUCUCUCUCUCUGUCUCACUCUCUCACUCACACACACACACACUCUCCCUCUCUUGACGCCUUCUUCUCAAUGGAGGCCAUGAGAAGAAAGCAGCCGGCUGGACUACUCACGGGCAGCGUGGAUAAAGGUGCAUCUGUGAAGAAAGAGGGACUCGAUGCAGCAAACAUCAGAGCGGAACAGUCAGAUGGAGAAACAGAGUUAGCGGCCAGAUUAGCCUCCUCCCCUGCAGCAGAGACGAUGCUCAACGGCGUUGAAUGUGACGACAUGAGGCACAAGAGCCCGUCGCACCACGGCUCCACGACGGGCAGCAACAAGACUUUACUGCUGCUCAACGAGAACGGCGUUCCAGACACGGAGCCACCUCACGGUUCUGUUACUGGAAGCAAUGGAUUCAUUCUCACCCAGCAGCAGCAGCAGCAGGACGGCAGCAGCAAUGUAGCCAUGCCAGGUUUAGGAGUUUCCCCUCACAGGACUAACUGCUUACCUUCGGGUCCAGCAGCGGGGGGACACACGGUCAAACCGGCCUCGGUGUCAGGGACUACACAGACUUCAGGUGCAUUAAGGACUGACCCCAGUUCGGGGACUACGUUGGGACAGGGUUUAACGGACACUAAAAAUGGCACAGCUCCAUCUCCUGCUCCCGUUACCGUUCACAGAGCACGCAAGACCAUGUCCAGGCCUGCUGUUAGCCCGGAACAGAAGCUUCUUAACAGGGAACUAAGAGAAGCACAAAGUGCCAAAGCUGAGAAAAUGGAGACUCAAGUUGCUCCUGUGGUGCAGAAGUCCUCACCGCAGUCGUCCUCACAGAACCAUCUACCUCAGAAUCCCCCAGACAUGCCAGCUUCAGCACACACCACGUCAUCUGCUUCACCAGCUCCUCCUCCUCCUCUUCCUUCUUCGCCGCCUCCUCCCCCUCUGGCGUCAUCUCCUCCUCCAUCUACAGCUCCAGCUCUGCCUUCAUCUCCUCCUCCAUCUACAGCUCUGGCUUCAGCUCCUCCAGAUCCACCUCCAGCUCCAGAUCCAGCUCCAGCUCCAGCUUCACCUCCAGCUCCAGCUCCAGCUCCAGUUCAGGCCAAGCUCACUCUAGGGCCGUUCUCAGGAGUACUGUCGUCGCGUAAGAAGAAGAGGAGGAUGGGGACGUACAGCCUGGUCCCCAAGAAGAAAACCAAAGUGCUCAAGCAGAGAACGAUGCUGGAGAUGUUCAAGACCAUGCAGCAGUCUCCACUGAGCCCACAGACUAAGGAGGAGGUAGCAAACGUAAACGGGGAGAAGGUGGAACACGCAUCCGAGGAGGAGGAGUCAGAGGAGGCGGAGUCAGAGGAGGAGGAAGGUCAUCAGGCGACGGAAGACGCCAUCGCUGCUGCCGUUCAGGAAACAACAUCUGUGUCUGCUCCCGUCUCUCAGGUGGGAGACGAGCUGGAGACUGAAGAGUCGGGAGGAGAAGGAGAAGGAGAAGAAGACGGAGAGGAGGAGGGCACGGAGUCCGACAUGAGCACAGAGUCGAGUCUGAAGAAGAAGUUGAAAAAGAAAAUGAAAGGAGACAGUGCGUGGCUGCGACCGUCCAGGAAACGGAAGAGGAGGAUAAAGGCCAAAGAACUGGAGCUGGCGGUUCAGCCUCAGGCUUCAGCUCAGGCUCUGGCAGUUGACAGCAGCGAGUUCACACACAUUCUCCCUCCUGAGUCCGUCGACCUCAACAAGCCCCAAGAAUUGGCCGUUUCCUCGCAGAGCAAAGAAACUGCAGAGUCGGCGGCGGUGGUGGUGGAGGUGGAGGAGGCUCAGGAGCUUCCUCUGUGCAGUUGCCGCAUGGAGACGCCCAAGAGUCGAGAGAUCCUCAUUCUGGCGGACAGGAAGUGCAUGGCCACGGAGAGCGUGGACGGGCAGCUGAGCCGCUGCCAGAUCGCCGUCAUGAAGCACGAGAUGAUGCGUCCGUCCAACUCGGUGCAGCUGCUGGUUCUGUGCGAGGACCACCGGAACGGCAUGGUGAAGCACCAGUGCUGCCCCGGCUGUGGCUUCUUCUGCAGGGCUGGAACCUUCAUGGAGUGCCAACCGGACGUCAGCAUCUCUCACCGCUUCCAUCGCGCCUGUGCCUCGGUGCUGAAAGGUCAGAGCUUCUGUCCACACUGUGGAGAAGAGGCCAGCAAGGCCAAGGAGGUCACCAUCGCCAAGGCGGACACCACGUCCACUGUGCCCGCCGUGCCCGUCCAUGGACCUGCCACACCCGGAGCGCCCGAGGGAAGAGCAGACACGACCACCGGCAGCUCCUCUCGUUUGUCGGUCGGGGCCGAGGUCAGCGGUCGCGCCGACAGCUCACUGUGUGCUCGCUCCGACAGUUCUGUCGUCCCUGGCUCGUCCAGGACUCUGUCACUGCAGGCCAGUGUGGUGCCUGCAGCGCCACCUGCAGUCCAGCCAGGAACACCCAGGGAAACUCUGGAGAGCAUCCUUGUUGCUCUGGACACGGAGAAGCCCAAAAAGCUGCGUUUUCAUCCCAAACAGCUUUACCUGUCGGCCAAACAGGGAGAACUCAAGAGGGUCCUGAUGAUGUUGGUGGACGGCAUCGACCCAAACUUCAAGAUGGAGUCCCAGAACAAGCGCACGCCUCUUCACGCCGCGGCUGAGGCAGGAUACAAGGACAUCUGUCACAUGCUCGUUCAAGCGGGCGCCAACCUGGACAUGUGCGACGACGACCAGCGGACGCCGCUGAUGGAGGCGUGCGAGAACAACCACAUGGAGAGCGUCCUGUAUCUGCUGAGAGCUGGAGCCAGCGCCACACACAAGGAUGCUGAAGGAUUCACGUGUCUCCACCUAGCGGCAAAGUCGGGUCAUUACAACAUAGUGGAGCACCUGCUGAACACAGGACUCAUCAACAUCAACUGUCAGGACGACGGAGGGUGGACGGCGAUGAUCUGGGCGACAGAGUACAAACACGCAGACCAGGUGAAGCUGCUUCUGUCCAAAGGAGCCGACAUCAGCAUCAGGGACAAGGAGGAGAACAUCUGCCUCCACUGGGCGGCGUUCUCUGGCAGCGUGGAGAUCGCGCAGCUGCUGCUGAACGCUCGCUGCCGCCUGCACGCCGUCAACAUCCACGGAGACUCUCCUCUGCACAUCGCUGCCCGAGAGAACCGCCUGGAGUGUGUCACGCUUUUCCUGUCUCGCGGAGCAGAUGUGUUCCUGAAGAACCGUGAAGGAGAGACUCCUCUGGACUGCUGCGGUCACAACUCCAAAGCCUGGGCGGCUCUGCAGGCCAACAGGAAGGAGCAGGACGCCAAGAACGCCAGGCCCAGUCGAGCCGAGGAGAAAGUCCUGCACAGCGAUGUCGCUCUGGGCCAGGAGAAGGUUCCCAUUCCAUGUGUCAACUCAGUCGACAGUGAACCUCACCCUGACAACUACAAAUACAUCGGCGAGAACUGCGUCACCUCCCCCAUGAACAUCGACAGGAACAUCACACACUUACAGUACUGUGUCUGUAAGGAAGAUUGUUCAGCGAGUAUCUGCAUGUGUGGACAACUCAGUCUGCGCUGCUGGUACGACAAGAACGGUCGUCUCCUCCCUGAGUUCUGCCGUGAGGAGCCUCCGCUCAUCUUCGAGUGCAACCACGCGUGCUCCUGCUGGAGAACCUGCAAGAACCGCGUGGUGCAGAACGGACUCAGGACCAGGCUUCAGCUCUUCAGGACCAGUAAGAAGGGCUGGGGCGUGCGGGCCCUGCAGGACAUACCACAGGGAAGCUUCGUCUGCGAGUACGUCGGUGAGAUCAUCUCUGAAGCAGAAGCAGAGAUGAGGGAAAACGACGCCUACCUGUUCAGCCUGGACGACAAGCCACAGGACCUGUACUGCAUUGACGCCCGUUUCUACGGCAACGUCAGCCGCUUCCUCAACCACAUGUGCGAGCCCAACCUGUUCGCGUGCCGAGUGUUCACGACGCACCAGGACCUGCGAUUCCCACACAUCGCCUUCUUCGCCAGUGAAAACAUCAAAGCUGGAGAGGAGCUCGGAUUUCACUACGGCGACCACUUCUGGGAAGUCAAAAGCAAACUCUUCAACUGUGAAUGCGGCUCGUCCAAGUGCAAGUACUCGUCGGCGGCCAUGGCGUCGCUGCAGGCCGACAGCACGCCGGAGGAGCAGCAGCAGCCCACGGCGUCACCUGACACCAGCUCUUCCAACAGCCCGCCCAGGCCUUCGUAAACACGCCCCCUCACACUACCGUUCACCUACACGCACAGGACCCACGGACACACCAGGGGGCGCCGCUGGCGUCCGAACGCACGAUGAACUUUGUUUGCUGUUGACUUUGAACUGAAGUGAUGCUCGGACCAUGAACGCACAGUCACUGCUCCGUUAUUCCACCUGCUGCCACCUACAAACCCAACAGCAGGGGGCAGUGUCGCACAUUGCCGGACAUGGACAUGAUUGCGAACAGUCUUUUACAUUUCGUUAAUGUCGUUUUAGUGAGCGAGCGAGGGAGGGAGAAAUGAUGCACGUUUUUCUCAUCACUUUGUCGUACAGUUGCGACAAAAAAAGGAAUUUGGCUGCGUCGAAAACUCGUUAAUCACCAAACCAUUCCAGCAAACGUUAGCGGAUAAAUGCGGGAAUUAUUUUUCUUCCUUUUCUUUUUUUUGUGUCACUUUCUUGCCGUGUUUUUGCGACCGAACGUCCGACGUUUGCUUCAAUAAAAAAAAAUAUCAGAAAAGUGAUUUUUUUCCUGAGAUAGGACGACGCUGUACCAUUCCUCACACACGAGGCAUUUCUAGUUUAAAUACAAAAUAAAGUGUGAAGGAAGGAAAAAACUUUUUUUUUUUUUUUUAAAGCAUGUGUCGUGAUUUUUUGCCACAAUUUUGGACGGAAAUGGAGAUUUAAAAAAAGAAAGAAAAAGAACUAUAUGGUGCUGACAAAGGUUUUUACUUUUGUUUUACAUAGUUUGUAAAAUAAGAACAUUUUACGUUUGUUUUUUUAAUCGUAGUCGCUGUAGAUUUUAAUUUUGUCUCAUCUCUCUUUUUGCCAACAGACGCCAAAACUUGUCUUUUUAAAUGUUGUUAGUAAACGCAGUGACUGUUGUGCAGAGUUUUUGAAGGUGUAAAUGAGGAGGGAGGGAGGGGAAGGAGGAGGAAGAAAAAAAAGGGUCUAAAAAUGCACUUCCUCUUCAUUCUGUUACAUAUUUCUGGACCGUGAACCAUUCAUCUUAAAUUGGUUGUACCUUUUUUCAAUAAAUUUAUUACUAAUCCA